UUGUGAGAGUUUGGAAUUUUGGCAUCGAAGAAUGAUGAAAACACAUGCUAUCUAUUGCAAUCAACUCUAUCUAUCUAUCUUUGUUUAACUGCAGCAGCAGAUUUUACUUUGUUACUUUCACUUUCUGAACAUAUUCAGAACCGAAAAUGCUUGGAUUUAGCCAUCUGAUUGAAGAGGUGCAUCCAUUCGGAAAAACAACGUGCAGACAUUUGUUUGAUCUAUGCUAACCAAACCAUUCGAUAUUGACUAUCCAUCUGCCAUAGUAAAUCUGACAUAAAUAUGAUGAAUCUAAGACAUAAUUUUGUUAUCAAUGAUAUAUUUAUUCUGGAUGUAAAUAUAAUAGUGCAAGCACCUGCCGUGUAGUACUUAUAUAAGUCUUGAUAUAUCCUCCAUUGUAUAUUAACAAAUUUUCAUUCGUGGAACUGUAAGAUUCAUAUUCAUCCAGAUGUCUACAGUCGUUUAAAAGUUUAUUGAGAAUUUCUUCGUGAAGUUAUUACUAGGAUGUAUAUAAUGCAAUCAUAUAAUGAAACUAAUUUACACUUGAGGAUUUUGGCAGCUUUCAAGUAAACCGUCUGCCGUACGAUAAUAGUUUUAAUUUCUCGUAUCAUUUUAUUAUGUUCUGUUGGAUUUGCUUCAUUGCAAAGUCAUUCUGGAAUCAAUUAGACUUAGAUUUAGAAACCAACGCUCCGAAACGAAUUUAUUAAUAAAAAAAUGGAAAUUAUAACAUUAUCACAUUUCGUCUUUGUGAUGGCUCAAGCAAAUAAAUAAAUUCGAAUCUAAAAGUUUUGCUCACAGCAGCUGCUUGUUGAUAUUAAACACCACCAAUUUAAUGAAGAUAAUGGCCUUUUAUGGUGGAAAUUAUUUCUGACUCAUCUAUAUUUACAUAAUAUUGCAAAAUUAAACCAGUCCUCCAUUGCCUUAUUCAUGUGUGAUAUUCACUUCAAGGAUGACGUUUUGUUCUGUGUGGGUAAAUGUGAAGCAUUCACUUUUUGGCGGAUCUUCAUAUAACUGCAGACGACAGGAGGCCGCGUGGUCCGAAAACUGGGAUAGCGAUGAAGAAUCUGAAGGCGAAAACCCACAUACUUGGAGGUUUUGGAGGAGAUUUUCAUUACGGAGAGGGGACAAGGGGAAAAGAGAACUUCUCCACAGAGAAGAUGAUGAAAAAUACGAAGCUAGUCACAAACUGUUUCCGGAUGAACAUUGUAAAAGAACCAACAGCUUAAAACCACCACCUAAACCACCUAGAUUAUUUCUCUUUAGAUCUUCGUCCAUUAGUACCCCACGUUCAUCAUUUGUUGGACCUCCAGAUCGGAACUCUUUCGUCAUGUCUCAAGCAUAUCAAAGCUCACGAGCACGUGACAGCAACGUGCCGACUGCACAUGUCGUUCCUGUUCAGAAGGAGAAUGGCACUAUUUCAAAACACAUCGUAAAUAAUAAUAACAUUCAAAACGAAAAACAAAAGCCGGAUGAUGAUAAACAACUGUCUAAUGAGUUCGAUACAAUAAUGUUGGGGUCACCAUAUUCAUCUUCUAAAAUUAAAAUAGUUACGCCGGACUUAAAUCCACGGCGCACAAUUGGCAGAUCACGAAAAAUGUCUGUAGAUGUGUCUUCAUCAGAUAGUCAUCGAUUGGUCAUUCAAAAUGCUUCUGAACUACUUUGUCAAACGUUGGAUCCUACUAUCUUAUUGGAUGACUUAUCAGAAAAACAUGUUGUAUCUGCAAUUGACUAUCAGGCUUUUAAAGGUCACCCUGACAGACGAUUAGUUUGUGAAAGUUUGAUGCAGUCAUUAAUGGAAGGCACAUUAAGUCAGUUCCUUAGUUUCUGUGAUGUCCUCAAAUUAAAACUGACAUAUCAUGAUAUCGCUGUGAUUCUUGACGUUAUGAAAGAAACAUAUGACGUUAUUUUUAACAUUCCUGUCACUGGCGUUUGUUCAACGGGUAUACCCGACGAAGACAAGUCUAUAACGUUCGAGAUUGGAUACUUUAAUAACCAACUUGGAAAGUUGAAACCAUUAGUGCAAUUGGAAAAGGCGCGUGACUAUAAACGUUAUUCUCGCGAUUCUAUGCUUCUUAAAAGAUCUUCUAGAAUUUCGUACAUGUCAUCGUCUAGUGAUACGACUUUAAUUGAUGAGGUGGCAGGGCUCGACUUGAGCGUGCCGAUGAUAAACAUUAGUAUUUCCGGUUACUCACUGUGUGGCUCUCGAGCUAAGGCCGUGGCAACACUAAUAGAAAAAUACGAAUGUAUUUUAGAACUUCAUGUGGGGAAAACACAAAUGCAAGGAGCUGAUAUAGGCACACUUGCAGUUGGUUUGCCAAAAUCGAAUAUAUCUGUUUUAGAUUUACGUUUAAAUUCUGUCGGCAAUGAAGGGGCCAAAUUACUUUCUUGUUUCCUACAAAAAAAUUCAAGCAUAAAACAUCUGAAUUUAUCGUCUACAGGUGUAGACUGUGACGGCUUUAAAAACAUUUGUGAAGCACUGAAACAUAGUACAUGCAUUAAUGAAUUAGACUUCAGUUUUCUCGAAGUUGCUGAUAGUGGAUGUAUUGCUAUUGGCAACAUGCUAAAACAAAACAGAUCAUUGACAAAGCUGCGUCUAAGAAGUGCAAAUAUUUCAUGGAUUGGUUGUGGAAUAUUAUUCGAAGGCGUUCAACAAAGCAAAACAUUAAUAGAACUUGAUAUGAGUCGAAAUUUUAUUGGCGAUAACGGCAUAGAAAUGAUGUGUCGCCAUUUAAAUGACAAGACAAGUUUAUUGGAAUUAAAUUUGGAAAACUGUGGAAUAACAGCUUCCGGUUGCUCAUUAUUGGCAGAUGUCAUUCAAAGUUAUAAGACCAUCAAAAAUCUGGAUUUAAGCUCCAACUUUAUUGCCGAUUCCGGUAUUUCCAAACUUGCCGCGUCAUUAGAACGCAACAAGUCCAUCAAAACAUUAGGACUGAACAUGUGUGGAAUUACGAAUGAUGGGUUUUCAAAACUGUUAGAUGUUCUGGAGUGUAAUCCUACAAUAACAUUAAUGAAACUGUGUUACAACCGACUAGGCCGUGAAUACACUAAUCCAGCUGCUGCGUCUGAUGAUCUCAGAUACCGCGUGCGAAUUGUAACAUCUUCAAAUCCAAAACUUAAACUUUUAUUAUGGGGAAACGCUUUCGACGAUGCAUAAUGAGGUUGUCGGAAAUUAUCAUUACUAGUCCGGUGAAAAUACAAACACUAUCUUAAAACGUUCAUUUUAUAAUCAUGAUAAUUAUAAGCAUAUUUAUUUAAUUUAUAUAAAUCAUUUAAAAAUUG